CCGUUAAUAAAGAGAUAUAAGCAAUAUUGACUGUAAAUAUUAAAUGAAGAAAAAAGCCGCUAAAACAAGUCAUUCAGACAUUCCAAAAACAGGUGGUGUAACUAAAACUACAAAGUCAAAAAAGAAAAAUGGGGUCUCGUCUGCUCAAAAACGUUUACAUAUAUCAGCAUUUGCAACUUAUGUAAAUGAAGCAAAAUUGAUUGGUGAAAAUGUUGAACAAAUUCAUGAUGAAAAAGAAGAAAACACUUUGGAAAUUUCUAAAACUAUACCAUCACUUCCACAAACACAAACAGAAAUGCCAUCGCCCUCAGUUGAAAUUCUCCAGGAUCCCGAUGAUGAUUCAACUGAUACAGACAAUUAUCAAUCCAAUUUUGAAUACCAAGCAGUCUCUAGUCUUCAGGAAGAUGAAGAUUGCCGCCCAGAUACAGAAUUGGUUGAAGAUUCCUUGUCCGAAAAUAGCGUUAAGAGCCGUCCGAAACCUCAAGAAACACAAAAUUUUGAUCGGAAGUUUGAAAUAUUACCAAUUUCCUCAAUAAGAUCUUGUGUUCUGCUUGGAAUCACCAAAGAGUGCAAGGAUAUCAAGAUAUUUGGUUGUGGAUCUGUCCAAGUUAUCAAGGGUUGCAUUAGCAUUCUUGGCUUUUGUCUAAAUCCCCAGAGCGAAAAAAUAAAAUAUUUUGCCCCAGUGAGUCAUAGCGCACUGCUGUUGGAGCCAAUUCCAAGUUGCAUUAAAACAGAAUCUAAUUUGAUUGAGAAUAUAAGAAAAGCAGGAUUGAAUGAACAACACACUGAAGCUGCUAAAGAUAUGGUACAAAGGUUCGAUAUUGUCUUGAUGUUAACAAAGCUUCGCAAUGAUACAAAGUUAUCAAAGCAUACUCUUCCCGGAUUCCAAGAUAUCUACAAAAUCCGAUCUACUAAUGGUGAAAUUGUGGAUGAACUGUGUUCCGGAACUUAUAUUGUGAAAACAGAGAAAUACUUUGAAUGCUUCCCAUGUUAUGAAACUCCGUGCAGUGAGAUCCUAUCAAAUAUAGAGUUAUGGACAACUAAUGGGAACCUCCGAACUCCUGUCAUUUUGACUGCAGGAGGAAAAAGCACUGGAAAAUCAACUUUCAAUCGAUUUCUUGUCAAUAAACUAUUGCAAAGUCCUUGGUGUACCAAAAUAUGUUUCUUGGAGUGCGAUAUAGGACAACCUGAGUUUACACCACCGGGAUUUGUAUCUGUCACUGAAGUAUCAUCACCAAUUUUGGGACCACCAUUCACUCAUAUCAAGUCGCCAUUGUAUUCAGUUUACUAUGGUGACAUUAAUGCAGCAGGUGAACCAGAUCGUUACAUUGAAAGUAUACGGGAAGUGUUUUCAACAGUUCAGCACUCAGGAAUUCCUGUUGUUGUAAAUACAAUGGGGUGGAAUAGAGGGAUGGGAUUGAACUUGUUACUCGAUACCCUUCAUAUUGUUAAACCUACUCAUCUACUUCAAAUCAUGUCACCAAGAGAAUCAAAAAACUUUCCCAUAUUAUCGAAGCAGUAUGUUGAUAAAUCGGAAUGUUGGAUCAUGGCUGGAAGAACUGGAGAAAUUCCUGAUUAUACACAUUUAUUGAUGGAUAUUGACAUACCAACUCCUGAAAUAAUCUUUUACAAGCCAUCCGAUUUAAGAAAUCUAAGACUAUUAUCAUAUCUCAAUGAAAUGCAAAAAAUCUGUUUGAAGAGAGAUGGUUUAUCAGAAUCUAGGUUGAGUUUUAGCAAACUGUCUCGCAUUCAACCUUUUGUUGUGAAGUUAUCUGAUGUGCUUCUGUGUAUCACUCAUGAAACUGGUAUAUUGAAAACCCAUGCUUUUGCACUUAUCAAUGCCGGCAUUGUAGGAUUGUGUGUAGUUGACAAAGCAUAUUUUGAAACACACAAAUAUGAUGAAUAUCUUACUGCACCACCUGUGUGCAAAUGUAUUGGACUUGGGAUAAUUCGAGGAGUUGAUCCAGCAAAUAAAAAUCUUUAUGUUAUAAGUCAUCUUCAUGAGACAGUUUUGAAGGAUGUAAAUUGCUUAACAUUGGGCGUUUCGAGCAUUCCAGAAUGUCUAUACCAGGAAUAUGGUAAAAAGUUGCAAUCUGAGAGAGACGAUUUACCACCUUAUGUUUCUGAGGAUUUCCCAUUUCAAGUAACAGGAUCAAGCAAGUUCAGAGUUUGUCGAAAUUUCGUAAAUAAAACUCCUUGAAAUUC